CAUUGCAUACGUAGCCUCCCCCCUUUUUUACUAGAAUCUAAACACCGUUUUCAAAAAGGUUGGAUAAAUUGUUCAUGGAUUUGCCCGUGUGAUAUCUACUGGGAAGUGGUUUCAGGAUAUUUUAUAGUGGAUUGUUUCUUCAAAUUGAUGAAAUAAAGUGAAAGUGUCUGCCAUGACGACAGACGAGGCGGAGAGCGUUCAUAAGAAACAGGUGUGCGAGCAGCAUCAAGAAGAGGAGGACCCCACUGCUCAGGAGCCAGGCCCCCCUCACACAGCUCAGGACAGCCCCUCGGGCACCUCGCUGCCCCCCGGGGGCUCGGAGGAAGAACAGCAGCUAAAGCCGCGGCAGCGCUCGUCAGCGGGCCGCGGCCUCUCCCGCCUCUUCUCCUCCUUCCUGAAGCACCGUUCACAGUGCUCGGAGGGUGAGGGGGUGGAGACGGAGAGGGCCCGGGAUGAAGGCUGCGACGAACCCAAAGCUCCCAUUGCAGACCCUGAGCCAGAACUACGCUUAGAGGGUGAUGUUGCACUAGACCAGCACUCAAUCAGCAGUGCUGAAAACCAGCAAAUCUUAGCGGAUCAAAAGGAAGACGCAGAGCUGGAGUCAGGAAAGGGAGAAAGGGUGGAGAAGGGGGAGAAGGAGAAGAAAGAAAAGAAAGAAAAGAAAGACAAGAAAGAGAAGAAGGAAAAGGCAGAUAAGGAGAAGACCGACAAGACAGAAAAGAAAGCGAAGAGCGAGAAGAAAGAGAAAACCGAGAAGACAGAAAAGAAAGAGAAGAAGGAGAAGGAGAAAAAGGAGAAGAAGAACGAGAACAAGGCCAAAGCUGUUGAGAAGGAGAAGGAGCGAGAAACAGAUAAAGAGCAAGAAGAGGAAGAGCCCAAAGCAGAAGACACGGGGGGACCAGAAACAGAGGGAAAGGUGGAAGAGGAAAAAGAAGGCGAGAAAGGGGAGGAAGAAAACACAGCUGAGGAGGAAGGGAAGAAGCAGAAAGCAUCUCGCCGCCCCAGGAUCAUGCACUGCAAAGUCAAGCUGCUGGAUGAUACAUUGUUCGAGUGUGAGCUCGAUAAACAUGCCAAAGGCCAGGACCUGUUUGCAAAGGUGUGCGACCACCUCAACCUGUUAGAAAAGGACUAUUACGGUCUGGCCAUAUGGGAGACACCAUCAAUAAAGACAUGGCUAGACUUUACCAAGGAAAUCAGACGACAAGUACAAGGCACCAACUAUGAUUUCACAUUUAAUGUGAAGUUCUACCCACCUGAUCCAGCUCAGCUAUCAGAGGACCUCACCAGGUACUACCUGUGUCUGCAGCUGCGAAAGGACAUCAAGAGUGGCCGUUUGCCCUGCUCUUUUGUGACUCUGGCCCUGCUUGGCUCUUACGCCCUGCAGUCUGAACUGGGCGAGUACGACCUGGAGGUCCACGGCACUGACUAUGCCAAGGAUCUCCAGCUGAUCCCAGGACAGACCAAAGAACUUGAGGAGAAGGUCAUGGAGCUGCAUCGCACAUACAGGUCUAUGAGCCCAGCUCAGGCUGACAUGAUGUUCCUGGAGAACGCCAAAAAACUUGCCAUGUACGGGCUUGACCUCCACCAAGCCAAGGAUCUGGAUGGGGUGGAUAUCAUGUUGGGUGUCUGUUCCAGUGGUCUGAUGGUGUAUAAAGAAAAGUUGAGGAUUAAUCGUUUUCCAUGGCCGAAAGUUCUCAAAGUCUCCUACAAACGCAGCAGUUUCUUCAUUAAGAUACGGCCAUCUGAUUUGGAGCAUUAUGAAAGCGCCAUUGGCUUUAAACUGCCUAACUACACGGCUGCCAAGAAACUGUGGAAAGUGUGUGUGGAGCAUCACACAUUCUUCAGGUUAGUGUCCACAGAGGCGGCCACCACUCCCAGGAAGUUCCUGGCUCUGGGAUCAAAGUUCCGUUUCAGCGGGCGAACUCAGGCCCAAACCCGUCAGGCCAGCUCCAUGAUUGACAGACCCGCCCCCUGUUUCCAGCGCUCUGCCAGUAAGAGGGCAUCACGCAGCUUAGAUGGAGCCAUGGUUUCGACCCCGGAUAAGAACACCCGUCCGGUCAGCGCUCCCAUCAUGUCUCCCAUCUCCCUGGUCGAUGCAGCUCCUUCUCCAGUGGUGCCAUCUGCCGCCCGCACGGAUCGUAAACAGACAUCCACACCCACAGGCCGACCACGCUCCACUGAGAGGAAGAGUGAGAUGAAGGCAGAAGCCCAUGUGACUGACAGCUCCAAAACACACAGCACCAAAGCAGAGGGCACACCUGAAAUAAAGACGGUAGCCCGGCGAGAACGGCGCCACCGUGACGCCCAGGUGGUGACGGCCACUAAUGGGGAGAGAAAGAGCCAGUCACCACGGGCAGGCACAGAGGUGGUGCGCAUGAGGAAGAAAAGAGCAAAGAAAAUUGAGGGUGAAACUAUUUAUAUCAGACAUAGCAAUUUAAUGUUGGAGGAUGUGGAAAAGACCCAGACUGAGAUCAUGCGUCAUCACACUAGCAUCAGUGAGCUCAAGCGCAGCUUCAUGGAGUCGGCUCCAGUUCCACGGCCCAGCGAGUGGGACAAACGCUUGUCGACCCACUCGCCCUUCCGCACCGCCAGCUUCAACGGCCAGAUGCAGCCUGACGUCUAAGUGUCAAUCAGGUGUACAGCACACCACCAUCGCCAUAAAAACCUUCAAAGCUUCAACCUGUUUGGCCUGCCUGAACCUCUUUGGUGUCAUCUCUGCUCAGAUCUUGAGUCUAUACUGUAAACUUAUCCAGAAUCCUCUAUGACCAUACACAUACAUCUAUCAUCCGUCAAGCUCUCCCAUGUCUCUCCACCCCCCAACCCUCCUCCACACGUCUGUUCAUUGUUCUUUGUCUCUCUUGAUGUCCCGUUGGCCCGCACAGAGGUGGAAGCGUGAGGCAGGUACGCCGAGGCUAGAACAGGUAAGGGUCAGGUGGGCACCCAUGCCAGGGGGGCUGGCGCUCCUGCAGCACAUGGAGAAGGACGAACAUGGUAAUGAAGAUGAAGUCACUGAGCCUCAGGAACACAAUGACCAAAUCUCCAUAGCUGUGUCCACGGAAGAAGACUGGAGUGCCACAGGAGUCUGUCAGCUGUCCCCCAUAGUUUUGUAUCGCACUCGUGUGUCUGUCCUGCUGAGCGGCCUGCUGGUCGUGGCGCUGACGUUGUGGUGGCUAGUCUUCAUUUGAGAGACGGCGGAAGAGAAGAAACGGAACUAAGGGAAAGUUUUCAGACUAAACAGAGUUUGGAUCUUGAGAACUUAAGGAGGAGGGAAAGUGUGGACCUUCCUUGAAUUUUGGUGAAUUCUUAAUGAUCUCUUAAUGAUCUUGAUUAAGAGUUUAAGAGUCUGAACAAAAACACUGGACAUGAGCACUGUACUACAGUACCAGACUGUAUUCAAGGUCAUACAGUCUUCAUUUAUCAAUGUUCAUUCAGUGUUUUCAAAUGUUCUGCUUUCUGUAGUUACUACUCAAAUGGUUUUAGUCAGAUUGUUUUCUCCGAUCAUUACGGUGCUUGCAGAAUGAGCUAUACAUUAAAAUGAGAAAGUCUUCCUCUCUUUUAUUCUUUUUUGCCAAUCUUUCAGCUUGAUGUGCAGACUUCAAUUAAAACCGUAAAUAACGUCACAGACAUUGGGCCUCAUUUAUGAAAUGAGCGUACGACCAUAAACGCACGGACGUAAGAUCGUUUCCACUCAAAACUUGCCAUUUAUCAAAUUGGACGUGAGCGUUUGCUACGAUCAAAACUCACGAUAGGUCUAAUCCUGUGUAUGCAGGUUUUAAGAGCCUUUAACCCUUUUGAUAAAUGAUAAGUAAUAAUGACAAAUAGAGAGAUACGUUAAGUUUUUUCGUUUAGUUUGAUGAUGUAAAAAAUAUUCCAAAGCGAUUUCUUAUUUUCAUUACAUAAUAAAAAAAAAUGUAUAUGAUUAUUUAAAUAACGUUAACGGGUUCUUUUGUGGGCAAAACUUUUAAUGAGAUUUGAUUUACAAAUAAGUGAAUAUUCUUAUGUUGGUCCACAUGUAAAGUUGAGCUUUAAACAAUGACAUCUUUAUUGUGUACUGAAUUGUGAAUGGCUGUAUCUUGCUUGCAUCUAAUUUUCUAAUGUGUCUGUUGUGGCAUUCAAACCGCAGGACAUCAUUGCCGAAUUUGUUGAAUUUCAUACACAGACAACUUGGCAUGUGGUUGUGGGUGUCAUUUUUGCACUGCAAGCACUGGUAUUUCUUUGAGGACAGCACAUUUUUGUGUGUUUUUGCUCUUAUUUUAUUGCUGUUGUGAUUGUUUUAGUAUUUGUUAGCUGCAACAGUUUUAUUAUCUUCAUGCAGUGAUGGAUGAAAUCGUUUCUGUGCUACAGGAAGUCUAUUUAUAUUUUACAUCAGACUAUCAUACGGUGCUUUACUGAUAGUCCUCAUUAAUUUAUAUUGUUUUGUUUUCCUUCUAUGGAACUGAGAACAUUUUUAUUUGUGUUCUAAAGCACUGCACUACUGUUGAUGAUUCUCCUGCAACUCUAGUUUUAAGUGACUCCGAUCAGGUCCUCUCACUCCACAAAAACAAUGCAAAGCAAAAAAGGCAAGAAACUGUAUGUUUUGAUCUGUACACCAUUGUUUUUAGUUUAAGAUGCACUGUACAGUUUAGGUUUUGUAGCUUAACUUAAGAGAAAAACUUUGCACUUCUAUGGACUCCAGUCAAGGUGAUGUCAUAUUUAUAAUAAUGCAAUUGCAACUGAUCCAGUGUAGGAUAGAAAAACAAUGUUAACGUCCAAGUUCAUGUCUUAUUCAAUAACCACAUGUUUUUUGAUUACUUCCUGGAAAUGUUUCGACAAAUGAUCUUAACCGGACAAAUUAUCUAAGAGCAAUUUGUACACAACAUUAUGGUAAUAGGGUAAUGACCUUCUUUUUUCGGGUAAUAGACAGGAUGUGGAAUUGGGACAUGACCCAGGUUGGACUCGAACCUGGUUCCCCGUCAGCCAAAUGCUCAUGUAUAUGUGUCUGAAGGGCAAACCACUGGGCUACUGCGCUGACACGACUCCACAUAUUUCCAUACACCACAAACUUGUUUUCCUUUGCGUCAAAUUAAAUAUGGCAUGAAUUCUGACUGAGAUCCAUUUCCUGAUAUUGACAAUCCAAUGUACAAUCAAUAAAAUCUAAAAAAUAUAUAUUUUCUUUGACGUCAUUUUCACAACAUUUAGAAGUCAAUAUGUAUUUAUAUAUAGGUGCACGUGGUCAGGUAAAAUAAUGUAUAAUGUCAACCGUCACCUUACAGUGGAAAAACAUCCAGUGUAAUAUGCAAUUCACUCACCCUCAUGUAAUUUCAUACCUGUAUAAAUGAAUGAACACAGAAAAAGAUAUUUGGAAGAAUGUGAGUCAUUUUCACUUCUGGAACAUAAUUGAUU